AUGACUCAUCAAAGCUGGUUGCAGUUCGAAUUUUGGAACGAAUUAUUGGGUAUUCAUAAUACUCGUUCCAAUGACAGAACCUCGGAUAUCUCGGAAUUAAACAAUAGGAUCGAUGAAAUGAAUGCAAAGUUCGCAGAUCUUGAACAAAAAUUCGACGCCCUCCAGAAAAAAUAUGACUUGAUUCUUGAAACGCGCAGUUCUGAUAACAGGAACAGUAACCACGAUAUCAAUGAUAAAAACAAUUGUUCUUCAAAAUCAGCAACAACCUGUGACUGGUGCCUCUCUUCAAAAUCAGAUAUUAACGACUGGUGCAAGGUUUGCGAUACAAAAGACUUGGUUGAUCACUUCUCUGACUGGUCAAGUGGUGAUCACGAGGUUGACGAACUUAUUAGAAGUACUCAACGUAAAGCGACAAGUAAAUUUAAUUUUUUGGAAUGGAUACCUAAGGAAAAUCUUCGUAAUGUCAAGCUAAUAGGAAAGGGCGGAUUUGGAAAAGUUUAUUCAGCAAUAUGGAUUGAUGGACCUCGAUCAAAGUGGGUGAGCGAAACAAAAGAAUGGAAAAGGUAUGGUGGAGUAAAGGUGGCUUUAAAGUGCCUUCUUGGGGAUAAGCCUAAUAAAGAGCUCUUUGAUGAGAUGAUAUUUCAUCUUGACAUUAACAAAAAUAUUCUUGGGCGCAAUAACACUCUUCGAAUCUUCGGAAUAACCGAAAACCCCUCUACUCCCGGACAGUACAUGAUGGUUAUGAUACUUGGUGACAAUGGAGACCUACGUUCCUACAUCAAAAAUAACUUUGCCGAUUUAGAUUAUCAACAAAAGCUCGAAAUUCUUUUUGAUAUGAUCACUGGAAUUCUUCAAAUUCACAAAGCUAAAUUCGUUCAUCGGGACUUGCAUCCAAGAAACAUUAUGUGUCAACAAUUUAUAAAACAAUCCGAGGGACGAAAUGACUUUAGAUUUGUUGUGGGUGAUUUAGGCUUAACUCGGAGGAUAGUAAAACCUGAAUAUCUUCAUGGAAUUGGAGUAGUUGAAUAUUGCGCGCCAGAGGUGCUUGAGAAAAAUAAAUUUAGUGAGGCUUCAGACAUUUAUAGUUUUGGAAUAAUUAUGUGGGAGUUAGUAGUUGGUAUCAAACCAUUCUUAGAUUACUCAAACAACGACUUGAUAUUAGCUAUUAUUAUGGGCCGCACACCACCGCUCACAAUGCAUAUUGACGGCGAAUCGAAAACGAAAGUGCAUUUCCCACCAUCAUAUAAAGCAUUGAUGGAACAAUGUUGGAAUCGUGAUCCAAAAAAAAGGCCACCUGCUCAAUUAAUUUACGAAACUAUAGGUGUUUGGUUACAAAAUCUAAUGUUUGCGCGGGAAAAAAGUAUUGCUCAAGAGUUCGUAGAAGCAGAUGAGAAAAGGUUAUUAAAAAUACCAAUAAAAGUUAUUGUUCCAGAAGAAAGAUCAGGUAAAAAACCAUCGGGAGAGAUCGAGGAAGGAUAUGAGUCGCACGACUCUGGUAAUGAUAUUAGCAAGUAUACCAAUAGAUCGGAUUUGUUAUCAUCAAGUGAUCAUGAAAAUAGUAUGAGAGUAUCUAGUAUUAUUACCAAACUUCCUUGA